CUUUUUGACCGUAGAAAAUAUUGUGGGACCGCAAGUGGAAUUGGAUAGGCUACUAAGUAGCGGUGACCGUUAUAUGAACAAGUUUGGCUCGAAUAUGAAUCCUUUUUGGAGUGAUGUAUUUUCUGCAUAUGAUGAAUUCAAGCACGAGCUCGUAGUUGAAGCAAGCGAUGUUUGGCAGAUUCCCAUCUUUUUAUCUUCCAAAAUAGUGAUAGGACGGAAGCCCUUUUGGAAACGUAAACUUUUCGACGCUGGAUGUAGGUCAAUAAAUGAUAUUUACAAUUCUCAAGGAGAACUUAUGUCUUUUGAAGAAUUUAGGAGAACUUAUCCUGGGUGUUUGAACGCUUUGACUUUUGAGACAUUGCGAUGCUUGGUACAGAGAAUUUCCAUACCAAGUGAAUUCGGAGGCAAAAAGCCAAUAGGACCGUUCAUCCACCCGGCUCUACUGCAAAUAUUGAACGCCGAUUGCAGACAAUAUUAUGAUGCCUUACUGAAUGUGAGAUAUAAGAAAACAGAUUCUCCAUUACCUAGUCAAAUUAAAUGGAACUCUAUUUUGAGUUCUAACAUAUUUUGGGGGCAUAUAUAUUAUCGAUACAAAAGGUGUUCAAAGAAUACAACUUUGAUAUGGUUUCAGGACAGAAUUGUUCACCGAAUUUUGACAACAAAUACCUUUGCAUCGAAAUUCAUGGACGUCAGCGACUUAUGCACCUUUUGUGGUAGGGAAAGAGAGACGAUACAACACCUAAUGGUAGCUUGCGAAGAAGUGGGUGCGAUGUGGCAAUCGGUGAAAGAUAUGAUACGUGACCGAUUGAAGAUUACGCUGGAAUUGAACCCUCAGGAAAUCAUAUUGGGAUUUGAUCCAGCUUUGUACGAAUGCCCUAGGGAAACCGCAACAGCGAUCCAGCGACUCAUUUUGAUAGGAAAAUGGUACAUAUAUAGUUGUAAGGUUAGAAAAGAAAAGCCAAGGUUUGUGAACUUGUUACAAAAAAUGAAAAUUCUGACACAAGCUGAAUUUAUGUACGACCAUGACAAGAAUGAAAGGGAAAUUAGAGUACGAGAUAUUAAUAUGGUACUGUGCUGUAACCAAACAUGCUAAUGUAGUGAGCAUCAUCUAUGUGCGUUGGAAAAUGUGGUAAUGUGUUGUAAAGAAAAUGUGUA